UCAAAUCUAAGCUAAUCUAAGCUAAGCUAACCACCAUGCAGACAACAAUGAUGGGUGUCAAGACCCACGGCACCAUCGAUUCGCACCGUUUAAAGGACAAAAAGGUGAAAGAACUGGUUUCAGAUAAACGGAGGUUGGUGGAGGUUCCGUACACAGCCACCCUAGCCCACACCAUGAACGCCCUGGUGGCUAACCAGGUGGUGGCGGUCCCGGUGGCGGCACCUCCUGGUCAUUGGAUUGGAGCCGGUGGGUCUAUGAUAUUGGAGUCUGAUAAGCAUACGGGUGCUGUUAGAAAGCAUUAUAUAGGGAUGGUUACCAUGUUGGAUAUACUGGCUCAUAUCGCCGGAGAUAGUCCCGACGGUCGCGGCAGUGGCGGUGAAGACACUAAUCUGGAGCAGAGGAUGGCGGUUCCGGUAUCGUCAGUUAUCGGCCAUUGUCUUGAAAGUCUCAGCCUUUGGACACUAAACCCUGGCACCAGCAUUCUGGACUGUAUGGAGGUGUUUAGCAAAGGAAUCCACCGUGCUUUAGUGCCGGUGGACAGUAGCAUGGAGAACGUAGCCGGAGUGGAGCUGGUGGAGUCGGCUUCUUCGUACCGAAUGGUGACACAAAUGGAUCUUAUGAAGUUCUUGAAGGGACACGAAUCGGAGCUCAAACACGUAAUGGAGCGUUCUUUGCGGGACGUGGGAGCGUUGGUGGAACCCAUCUUUGGAGUCACUGAUCACACCAAAGUCAUCGACGCCAUCAAGUCGAUGAGAGCUGGUUCUCUUAACGCCGUCCCGAUAGUCGAAUCUUCAGAUCCUGCAUCGGAGGAUCACUCCCAACUCGUAAACGGAAAAGGAAGGAAGCUAAUUGGUACUUUUUCGGCGACCGAUCUGCGAGAGUGCCCGGCUUCUGAUUUGCAAUCAUGGAUGUCGGCAAGCGUGAUGGAAUACACCAGAAACUUGGUACGACCAUCAUCGGGCGGGUUGACGGCGAGGGAGCUUGUGACUUGCUACGCUGAAUCUCUGGUGGCGGAGGUGGUGGAGAAGGUGGUGGUGAACCAUGUUCAUCGUGUUUGGGUCGUGGACCGUGAUGGGUUGCUCGAUGGUCUGGUUUCGCUUACAGACAUCAUUAGAGUGAUUAGAAGUUCUUUAUUAGAGUAAGUUACUUGGCUUCUUGUUAUGUCUUGCUUUGGUUCUGUAAUGAAGCAUCUAUGGGGGUU